UCCUCGGUCGGUCCACAGAACAAAUCUCAAAACAUUUUCUAAGUCUUCUCACAGAGACAAAGAAGACUACUAUAUUAUUAUUAUUUUAUGUCUCUUGGAUGAGAAUCUUCCGAUAGAGAAACAACAUAGUACACAAAAAAAUGGAACCAGUUAUGGUGUUUCCAGUAAACACAAGUCGUCGUUUUGUUGUUGUUCUUCUUCUACUUGCAGCCUUCUCUUGCUUCUCUCCGAGACUCUGUUCUGGCGAAGACAGAAUCACGUUCUCGACUCCGAUCAACGACUCAGAGACCCUUCUCUGCAAAAGUGGUAUUUUCAGGUUCGGUUUCUUCACUCCUGUAAAUUCCACUACUCGGUUACGUUAUGCUGGGAUCUGGUACGACAAGAUUCCAAUUCAAACUGUGGUUUGGGUUGCUAACAAAGACACUCCCAUCAACGACACUUCCGGUGUUAUCUCCAUCUCCGACGACGGAAAUCUCGUGGUUACCGAUGGUCGAAACCGCCGUCUAUGGUCCACGAACGUCAACGUAACAGUGGCUUCAAAUGCUACUUGGGUUCACCUUAUGGAUACUGGAAAUCUUAUGUUACAAGAUAACAGAAACAACGGUGAGAUUCUGUGGGAGAGUUUCAAGCAUCCUUACAAUUCUUUCUUGCCAAGAAUGAAUCUUGGGACUGACGGUAGAACCAAAGAGAACCUAAGGCUUACUUCUUGGAGAAGCGAUCAAGAUCCUUCAACAGGGAACUACACAGCUGGUCUUGCUCCUUACACGUUUCCUGAGCUUCUAAUAUGGAAGAACACUGUUCCACAGUGGCGUAGCGGUCCCUGGAACGGUCAGGUUUUUAUAGGUUUACCGGAUAUGGAUUCCCUUCUGUUUCUUGAUGGGUUUAACCUUAAUAGUGAUAACCAAGGAACGGUUUCAAUGUCUUAUACCAAUGGUUCUUUCAUGUAUCACUUCAACUUGGAUCCUGAUGGAGCUAUAUAUCAGAGAGAUUGGAGUACUUCUAUGAGAGGUUGGAGAAUCGGUGUAAGGUUUCCAUCGACACCGUGUGAUGCAUAUGCAAGAUGUGGUCAAUAUGGGAGCUGCCAUCCCCGGGAAGAUCCGCCUUGUAAAUGCGUAAAAGGGUUUGUGCCAAGGAAUAACACAGAGUGGAAUGCAGGGAAUUGGAGUAAUGGAUGUGUGAGAAGAGCUCCAUUGCAGUGCGAAAGACAGAGGAAUGUAAGUAGUAAUGGUGGUGGUGGUGGUGGUGGUGGAAAAAGAGAUGGGUUUCUGAAACUGCAGAAGAUGAAAGUACCAAUCUCUGCGGAACAGUCUCUAGCUAAUGAGCAAAACUGUCCUAAGGUUUGUUUAGAUAACUGUUCUUGCACGGCUUAUGCUUAUGAUAGAGGAAUCGGAUGCAUGCUUUGGAAUGGUAACUUACUUGAUAUGCAAUCAUUCUUGGGAAGUGGCAUUGAUCUUAAUAUUCGACUUGCGCAUUCUGAACUCCAAACACAUGGCAAGCGAGCUAUAAUGAUCACAGCACCAGUGGUAGGCGUUGCAUUUGUUGCUGCGGUCUGCGUUCUUUUAGCAUGCAGGAAAUUCAAAAAGCGUCCAGAACCACAGAAAGAUAGAAGUGCAGAGCUAUUGUUUAAGAGAAUGGAAGAACUUACAAGUGGUAAUGAGUCUGCUUCUAACCAAGUCAAGCUCAAGGAGCUCCCGCUCUUUGAGUUUCAAGUGUUAGCUACAUCAACCGACAACUUUUCUCUCAGAAACAAGCUCGGGCAAGGCGGAUUUGGUCCUGUUUACAAGGGAAAAUUGCCAGAAGGGCAAGAAAUUGCAGUGAAGAGGCUCUCACGGGCAUCGGGGCAAGGACUAGAGGAACUUAUGAACGAAGUGGUUGUGAUUUCGAAGUUGCAGCAUCGGAAUCUUGUGAAGUUACUUGGCUGUUGCAUAGAAGGUGAAGAAAGGUUGCUAGUCUAUGAAUAUAUGCCAAAGAAAAGCUUGGAUGCAUAUCUAUUUGACCCAUUGAAGCAAAAGAUUCUAGACUGGAAGACUCGGCUCAACAUAAUGGAAGGAAUUUGCAGAGGUCUUUUGUACCUUCACAGAGAUUCAAGACUGAAGAUCAUACACAGAGAUCUAAAAGCCAGCAACAUUUUGUUAGAUGAGAAUCUAAACCCCAAGAUAUCUGAUUUUGGGCUUGCUAGAGUUUUCAGAGCGAAUGAAGAUGAAGCUAACACAAGAAGGGUUGUUGGAACGUACGGUUAUAUGUCACCGGAAUAUGCAAUGGAAGGUAUCUUUUCAGAAAAAUCAGACGUUUUCAGCUUGGGGGUUAUAUUUCUAGAGAUCAUAAGUGGGAGAAGAAACUCUCACAAGGAAGAGAAUAAUCUGAACCUUUUAGCUUAUGUGUGGAAGCUGUGGAAUGAAGGUGAGGCUGCUUCUCUAGCAGAUCGAGUCGUCUUUGAUGAGCGUUUUGAGAAAGAGAUAACGAAAUGUGUUCAGAUUGGUCUGUUAUGUGUGCAAGAAGUUGCAAACGAUAGACCGAAUGUUUCAACAGUGAUUUGGAUGCUAACUACUGAGAACACGAACCUCCCUGAGCCGAAGCAGCCGUUUAUAGCAAAGAGAGGAGUUUCUGAGGCUGAAUCUUCUGACCAGAGCAGUCAAAAGGUCUCUAUCAACGAUGUGAGCCUCACAGCUGUAACCGGACGUUAAGCUCAAAAAGCCAAUCUAUAUGUUUAUAUAAUAUAGAUACGUUUUAAGAAACUCCUAUGUUUACAAGUUUUGAUAUUCUGUAGAGGUUUAAUGGUUAAAUUAAAGAAUAAGAGAUGUUUUUGAGAGAAGUUAUGUUCAGAUUCACCGAUUACAGAUUUGGUAUUAUU